AUGUCAGGAUACGACCAGGCCGCCAGGCCGCCCCCGCCCCCACCAAAGCCAGACAGCCACGAGGCGAGCCGCAUGGCCACGCCCACCACCGGCGGUAAUUCCGUGCCGCCUCCGCCGCCCCCGCCGCCAGGCUACGGCACCAGACGGCGACGUGCCGCAGCCGCUGGACGUGCCGCCCGCCAUGCCCGCCUCGGCGCGCUCGGGCGGCGACUGUCCGGCGCGCGGGAGGCGACGCAGGCGCGGCUGUUGGCGACGCACGCGCUGGAGCGGCAGUGGCGCCAGCGACAGUCGGACAUGGACCACGCGCUGGCGCCGUUCUCGCCGGCCGCGCUGUACCAGGCGCUCGCGCACGGUGUGCAGGAGCAGGCGCAGGUGUGCCAGGCCAUGGAGGACAGCUUUCUGGACGGCGGUCGCGGCGACGGCGGCGGCGGCGGUGGUGGUGAGGGCGGGGAGUUGCUGACGGAGAGGGAGGUGGCGGAGUGGGUGAAGGGGUAUAGAGAGGCCAAGGUGCUGUAUUAUCAGAGGCAGGAGAGAAAGGAGAGGUGGGAUGAGGGGCGCGUAGGAGGAUGGAGAUGA